GGCGCGGCGGCGGCAGUGCUGGGCGGUGCUGAGCGCGGGCGGAGGUUCACGGGCGGCUGAGGCUCUCUAGAUACCAAAAUGAGUUCCAUGCUGACUCACGCCCUCAGAAACCUCCCUGCUUCCUCAGCAUGGGCUUCCAGGGCCUUUGCUCGAUCGCUGAGCUGCUCUUCACAGCUACAAGCUGCAGUCCAGCCCAAGAGUAAGAAGACCUUAGCCAAAAGUGGAGUGAAGAAUAUUGUUGUGGUGGAGGGUGUCCGUAUUCCAUUUUUGCAGUCAGGCACCUCGUAUGCAGAUCUUAUGCCACAUGACUUGGCAAGAGCAGCACUGCAGGGGUUGCUGAACCGGACCAGCGUCCCAAGAGAUGUUGUUGAUUACAUUGUCUAUGGCACAGUUAUCCAGGAGGUGAAAACGAGUAAUGUUGCCAGAGAGGCUGCCUUGGGAGCGGGUUUCUCUGACAAAACUCCAGCCCAUACUGUCACCAUGGCUUGCAUUUCUUCAAACCAGGCUAUGACCACAGGCGUGGGGCUGAUUGCUGCUGGGCAGUGCGACGUCGUUGUGGCGGGGGGCGUGGAGUUGAUGUCAGACGUUCCUAUCCGACACAGUAGGAAGAUGAGGAAGACUAUGCUGACCCUCAACAGAGCCAAGACCUUGGGCCAGAAGCUCUCCCUGAUUUCCAAAAUUCGCCCCGACUACUUUGCUCCUGAGCUCCCAGCUGUCGCAGAGUUCUCCACCAGUGAGACCAUGGGGCACUCUGCCGAUCGCUUGGCUGCUGCCUUCUCCAUUUCCCGUUUGGAGCAAGAUGAGUAUGCCCUCCGUUCCCACACGCUGGCAAAGAAAGCCCAGGAUGGAGGCUUGCUGCAGGAUGUGGUACCCUUCAAAGUGCCAGGUAAAGACACAGUUACCAAAGACAACGGGAUCCGUCCUUCCUCCAUGGAGCAGAUGGGGAAGCUGAAGCCGGCCUUUGUCAGGCCAUAUGGAACUGUCACAGCAGCCAAUUCCUCCUUCCUGACAGAUGGAGCGUCGGCAGUUCUACUUAUGUCUGAGGAGAAGGCUCUGGCAAUGGGAUACAAACCAAAGGCCUACCUCAGGGACUUUGUGUACGUGUCCCAGGAUCCAAAGGACCAGCUGCUACUUGGUCCAACAUAUGCUACUCCCAAAGUGCUGGAGAAGGCUGGGCUGACCCUGGAUGACAUUGACGUGUUUGAGUUCCACGAAGCUUUUGCUGGGCAGAUACUGGCCAACCUGAAGGCUAUGGACUCGGACUGGUUUGCACAGAACUACAUGGGCAGAAAGUCCAAGGUUGGAGCCCCUCCUCUGGAGAAGUUUAACAGUUGGGGUGGUUCCCUCUCACUGGGACAUCCUUUUGCUGCCACUGGCUGCCGUCUGGUGAUCACUGCAGCCCACAGGCUGAAGAAGGAGGGAGGGCAGUACGCCCUGGUUGCAGCCUGUGCGGCAGGAGGGCAGGGCCACGCGAUGAUUGUGGAGCUGUACCCUCAAUAGCGUGGGUAGGGCCGGCUGAGCAGCUGUUCCUGCAGCCUGUCCUGGCAAUGCCAUUUCAAUGCACUAGUGAAAACAUACAAUCCUUCUCAGAAAGGGUUUUUUGGUGGCCUUUGUAAAUACCUUUUAGUUCCUCAGCUGGUAAUUUUCAACUAACACACACACUCUAAGAAAUCUUCUACUUCCAGGGGAGUAGAAGUGGAUGUGGCUCUCAGUCCUUGUAACCUCUCUGAUUCCUGCACUAACUGUUCAAUAAGCCUUCUCCCUAUAGAGAAGAAUAAUCCCAAAGCUGUGCACACAGAAUUAUAUUUGGAGAGAAGGAAAAUGUAAAGUACCAGAGGUGGGUGAGCUGAGGUGAGAGUCAACGUGCCCUUAAGAGACAGCACCAAAGCUUUCAGGAGGUGGUUGAAACUGUGGCUGACCCAGUUGGCGAGGAGGGAGUUUGCUGCACCACGUUGAAACAGCAUUGGAAUUAGCAAAUUGCUUCUGACAAAUGUGUGUCACUGAUGUUGGCCACAAUAAAUCAGGAAAAAAGAUGAA